UACGAUGGAGGGAAACAGGCAGACGCGUGUGUCUCGGCCAUACAAGAUCAGCGAGUCCUCAAAGGUGUAUCACUGGGCUGAGCACUCGACCACGGUGCUGCAGCGGCUGAACGAGCAGCGUCUUCGCGGCCUCUUCUGCGACGUCGUCCUGGUGGCAGAUGAGCAGCGUGUGCCCGCCCACCGCAACCUCCUGGCCGUGUGCAGUGACUACUUCAAUUCCAUGUUCACCAUCGGCAUGCGGGAGGCCUUCCAGAAGGAGGUGGAGCUGGUGGGCGCCUCCUACAUCGGGCUCAAGGCCGUGGUGGACUUCCUGUAUGGCGGCGAGCUGGCGCUAGAUGGCGGCAACAUCGACUAUGUGCUGGAGACGGCCCACCUGCUGCAGAUCUGGACGGUGGUAGACUUCUGCUGCGAGUACCUGCAGCAGGAGGUGAGUGAGGACAACUACCUGUACCUGCAGGGGCUGGCCUCCAUCUACAGCCUCAAGCGGCUGGACGCCUUCAUUGACGGCUUCAUCCUGAGCCACUUUGGCACGCUGUCCUUCACGCCCGACUUCCUACAGAACGUAUCCCUGCAGAAGCUGUGUGUCUACCUGAGCAGCAGCCAGGUGCAGCGAGAGUGUGAGCAUGACCUGCUGCAGGCUGCCCUACAGUGGCUCACGCAGCAGCCCGAGCGCGAGGCCCACGCCUACCAGGUGCUGGAGAACAUCCACUUCCCGCUCAUCCCUAAGAACGACUUGCUGCACCGAGUCAAGCCGGCCGUGUGCUCGCUGCUGCCCAAGGAGGCCGACUGCGAGGGCUUCAUUGAGGAGGCGGUGCGCUACCACAACAGCCUGGCCGCCCAGCCCGUCAUGCAGAACAAGCGCACGGCCCUGCGCUCCAAUGAGGAGCGCCUGCUCUUCGUGGGCGGCGAGGUCUCUGAGCGGUGUCUGGAGCUCAGUGACGACACCUGCUACCUGGACGCGCAGAGCGCGCAGUGGGUCAAGGAGACGCCGCUGCCGGCCCGGCGCAGCCACCACUGCGUGGCCGUGCUGGGGGGCUUCAUCUUCAUCGCCGGUGGCAGCUUCUCUCGGGACAACGGAGGGGAUGCGGCGUCCAAUCUUCUUUAUAGGUAUGACCCCCGCUGUAAACAGUGGAUCAAGGUGGCCUCCAUGAACCAGCGCCGAGUGGAUUUCUACCUUGCCUCCAUCAAAGAUAUGCUGGUGGCUGUCGGCGGCCGGAACGAAAAUGGAGCUCUCUCUUCAGUAGAGAUGUACAGUCCCAGGACUGACUCUUGGUCCUACGUGGCUGGCUUGCCAAGGUUCACGUACGGCCACGCGGGCACCAUCUACAAAGACUUUGUGUACAUCUCAGGAGGCCACGACUACCAGAUCGGCCCCUACCGUAAGAACCUGCUGUGCUACGACCACCGGACGGACGUGUGGGAGGAGCGGCGGCCCAUGACCACGGCACGCGGCUGGCAUAGCAUGUGCAGCCUGGGCGACAGCAUCUACUCCAUCGGGGGCAGUGACGACAAUAUCGAGUCCAUGGAGCGCUUCGACGUGCUGGGCGUCGAGGCCUACAGCCCUCAGUGCAACCAGUGGACCCGCGUGGCGCCCCUGCUGCAUGCCAACAGCGAGUCGGGCGUGGCCGUGUGGCAGGGCCGCAUCUACAUCCUGGGCGGCUACAGCUGGGAGAACACUGCCUUCUCUAAGACCGUGCAGGUGUACGACUGUGAGAAGAACAAGUGGAGCAAGGGCCCUGACCUGCCCAAGGCCAUCGCCGGCGUAUCCGCCUGUGUCUGCGCCCUGAAUCCAUGGCCAGAGGACAAGAAGAAGAAGGGCAGGAGCAAGAGGCCCCAGGACCGGGGCCAGUGACCCCUGGCGGCCCUCACACCUGCCUCCGCCAACCAGUGACAGCUCCUUAGGGGCUGGAGGUACCAUGUGCUGCCUGACUGCUUUUUUUUUACUGUUAGGACUCUUGGUCUUUCUGUGAUCUCACAGUAACUGAUUAAAUAUUACCUAGAACUU